AUGGCAACCGACGCUCAAAUGCAACAAGUUGCUGAAUUGGAAGUCGAAAUGAUGUCUGAUAUGUAUCGAAGAAUGACGACAGCUUGUCAGGCGAAAUGUAUUGCCACGUCAUUCAAAGAAUCCGAGUUGACCAAGGUAUUUUUGAUGGAAAUUGAUGGGAAAUCUGUAAUUUUGAGCUGAAAAUGCUCAUUUUUGACCAUUUUUCACGUAUUUUGGCUCAUUUUUGACCAUUUUUCACGAUUUUUGGCUCAUUUUCAGCCAAAUUUCACGAUUUUUGCAGGGCGAAGCAGUUUGUUUGGACCGAUGUGUUGCAAAAUAUUUGGAUGUUCACGAGAAGUUGGGAAAACGACUAACUUCAAUGUCACAAGGAGAUGAGGCGGCGCUUCAAAAAUUGGCUCAACAAUAA